UACACACAACUCCGAGGAGCGGCGCGGUUGUGAGAGAGGGGGAGAGAGAGAGAGGAGUUUAGCUUGGAAUCGAUCCAUGGCGAUGGCGUCGUCCCCAAAACCCGACACCGACUCCGAGUCCGAGGAGUGGAGCGAUAACCCUAACUCUAGCGCCCUUCCCCUAGGGCGAAACGCUAACCCUAACCCUAACCCUAACCCUAACCCUAGCCCUAACCCUAGCCCCGACGACCCCCUCGGAGCCGCCCCCGUCGUCUGCCUCAUGAGGUUCGCCGGCGACUCCGCCGCCGGCGCCUUCAUCGGCUCCAUCUUCGGUUACGGUAAAGGAUUGGUCAGUAAGAGAGGUUUCAAGGGCUCCUUUGCUGACGCAGGAUCAUCUGCUAAGACCUUUGCUGUUCUUUCUGGAGUCCACAGUUUGGUUGCCUGUUUAUUGAAGAGAUUGCGAGGAAAAGAUGAUGUCAUCAAUGCGGGUGUGGCAGGUUGCUGCACUGGUCUUGCUUUGAGCUUUCCAGGGGCGCCACAAGCUCUACUCCAGAGCUGUGUAACCUUUGGAGCAUUUUCGUGUAUAAUGGAGGGGCUCAACAAGCAACAACCGGCGUUGGCUCUUCCUCAUGCUUCUGCUCUCUUCGGAAGCAAUACUAAUGGAGGCCGCCAACAGAAUGUCCUCCCUCCUUUCACUCUACCCCUACCUUGCGAUCUUAUGGAGGGAUUCUCUUCCUUCUGCAGCUCCUUAUCCAAGGAUAAGAAGGCUACUUCCUCUUAACUUUUACAGCAUCUAUCCGGCUGCUUAUUCACGUUUUAUUAUUCUUCAAAGUUGUGUAAAUUUUGUGAGGAAGAGAUAGAGGGCUUUAAUUUUCCCGCAUUUUACCUAAUCACAUUAUGUUGGCGGCUACUUCGUUUUCGCUCAUGUUAAAUCUAUGCUUUGGCGCAUUUUUCUUAAAUCUUUGUGGAAUCUUAUGCAAAUGGUCAGUUCUCUCUA